AUGCAACAUUAGUGUUUGAUAUAAUUCUUCAUUAUAACAGAGGUGCUAGGAAUGGCUUGUAACUUUUCCCCUUUUUAUUUUAAGUAGCUUGUGUUAUAAAAACAAAAGGAAUUUCAUGCUAAUUCAAUUACUUUGAAAUGCAUGUGUCGAAACAAGGGUACAGACUUAGGAUGCAUUUCUAAUUUAAAUUAAUAAGCUUGUAUGCAAUAAUAAAGAAAUAUAUAAUUAACUUAAAGGUUUUGGAAUAAAAAUGGCAAAUAGGUGAAAUGUUUUUUCAGAAAAAGGUUCAUUGAUGCAAACUAAUUUCAUUUAAAGAAUUUGGAUUGUGAUUCAAACUUUUCUAUUUAUGCUUGUGUUAGUGUAUAUGGAAAAAAUUGUGUUUGGACCAAUAAGGGUCUGUGUUACAAAUAGCAGUGA